GUAUGGUCUGUCUUCUCAUAAAUGGCAGGGACGAAAACAAGACAUGAGAAUAAAAACAUGGCUUUUGAUGAAAAAUGCAUUUAGCAGGUUCCAUGUGGAAGGCUCAUAAACAAAAAAGAGAAACACAGCCAGAAGUUGGUAAUGCUCACCAAUCAGUCUGAAGAUUCUGAAAGGUGUGAAAGCAUAGAGCUGGACAAUAAAAUCCGGGAUCUGAUUGAAAGAAAUGCUUCUAAUCCAAAAGGAGUCACGAUAGAGGCCACACCAAGUCAUAGAUUUUCAUGUUCUCCAAAGACUUGCAGAGAAAGAGCUUCCAUGGCGCAUUUGGCAGAAGGCACAGCUGGAAUGAAUGCUGCACAAAGUACUACCGAGCAUACAGAGUGUGCUCAAUCAUCAAGAAGAAAGAAUUUGACAAGCACUCUUGAACACAAGAUAAGAUACUUGGAAAAACAGAGAAAAGAGCUCCUGGAAGUUAAUCAGCAAUGGGAUCAGCAGUUUAGAAAUAUGAAAGAGUUGUAUGAAAGAAAGGUCGCAGAGCUGAAAAUGAAAUUGGUAGCUGCAGAAAGAGUCUGGGGAACCCUGGAGAAGGAGCGACAGCAACAGGAGCAACCACAGAGUCAGAGGGUGGACACCAGGCCACGUGACCAGACCCGGGACCCGCAGCUAGAGAAGGAAAAGGAGAACCUAAAUGAAGAAAUACAGGAAUUGAAGAAAGAGAAUAAGCUUUUGAAGGAAAAAAACGCUCUUGCAAAUAAGAAGAAGGAACAUUACGAAUGUGAAAUAAAACGACUCAAUAAGGCCCUUCAGGAUGUCUUGAAAAUUGAGAGUUCUUCAUCUUUUGAGGAUUGUGCCUGGAAAUCUAAAGUUGAGUGCAACCACACAGAGAUGAUAACAGAAAUGGAGGUCCUCAAACAACAGGUGCAAAUCUAUGAAGAAGACUUCAAAAAGGAGCGCUCAGAUCGAGAAAGACUUAGUCAGGAGAAAGAAGAGCUACAGCAAAUCAAUCAAACUUCUCAGUCCCAGUUGAACCGGCUGACUUCUCAGAUAAAAGCUUGUCAGAUGGAGAAAGAAAAACUAGAAAGGCAACUAAAACAGAUGUAUCUCCCAAGCUGCAACUGUGGCACAGUUUUCCACCUGCGGGACCCAUCAGAACCAGCAGGGCCCCAGGCUGUGCAGGAUGAGCGGGAGCACCCACCAGACUACCAGUGGUAUGCUCUUGACCAGCUUCCGCCAGAUGUACAGCACAAGGCAAAUGAUUUCUCCUCAGAAAAGAAAGCCAAUCAGUAGAAGCCACAGAGGAGGAUGGCGAGCUGAGGGUGCGCUUGGCUGAAGGCCGGCUUCGUAUCCCCACUGUGGCUUGUUUCUGCUGCAGCUGCUCACCGUCUGCCCCGUUAUGUGUGCCUGGUAGUGCUUCCCCUUGGCGCGGACAGAGGCGUGGACAGACUUCUGACAACUGAGAUCCUGACUGAGCCUAAGGAGCCAGUUAUUACACAACUAAAUACAACUUCUAGUUUCCUCCAAAUGGGAUUUGGCAGCUUGAAACUGUCUGCAGCUUACUGCUGCUGGAUUGUUGAAUUUACCAAAAUGAUUCCAUGAUGUAAGCAGCUAGGUUUUUGGUGGAGCAAUAUUAUAUGUUGUAUAUAUUCCCAAAGGAAAACUGUCUGCCGUUCUGAAUUUUUAACAUCGCUUUCAUUUUCCCCUAGGAGCUCAGUUCUUCAGCCAGUUUGUCUAGAUCCUAUGUUCAUCCUUUUUGGCCUGGAUGAAGCUAAAGAUAGAAUUGAAGAGAUGUAUAUACUGUACCCCCUGAAAUCAAAUGGGAGAUUCAAACUGAAUAAAAUAGUGAGCUUGAAACUAUGCUUUAGAUAGAUUCAUUUAAUAUGAGGAAAAACUGUGAGCCUAUUUCAUUUUCAGGUGAAACAGUUUAUGAAAGAUAAAGUCCUAAUGUAAAGGUGAUAGCUUUGCUGUGUCCACAUAUAGUUUAAGAAGUAGUGCAGAUCUCUCUAUCUAUAUCUACAUAAAUAUACACACACAGAGAGAAAGACAGAGAGAGAGAGAGAGAGAUACAUAUGUGGGGGGUGGGGGUUUGUGUAUACACACAUAUACAUGAGCUUUCUGCUAGGACCAACUUGAGCUCCCCUCUGUGUGGAUAAAUAUGUAAUAAAAGUU